AUGGUAUCUGUUAGAAAGAGAAAGAUGGCUCGUUCAUCUGUUAAGAAAAACACCAGAAGAACUAAAGAUAGACAACGUAAUAUUAAUGUUUAUUCAAAUCCAAUCAUUGCUGCUAAUUGGGAUAAAUCAUUGACUUUAAAACAAAAUUAUAAAAAAUUAGGAUUAAGGGCUAAAUUGGGUACAAGUGCUGGUGGUGAUGAAAAGAAAGUUGUUAGUUUAUCAGAAAUUCAAAAGAAACGAGAGAAGAAGAAUAAGAACAAUAGUAAUAAAGAUAUUCCAAGUAUUGAUGAAAUUGAAAAUUUAGAUGAUCCUUCAAAAAUUCCUGAAGGUGAAGCAAGAUUAAUUAGAGAUCCUGAAACAAAUGAAGUUGUUAAAGUUAUUUACGGUACUAUGAAAGUAAAUGAUGAUGAAGAUGAUGAAGAUGAUGAAGAUGAUGAAUUAGAAAAAGAUGCUGAAAAUCCAAGUGUGGUUGAACAAUUAGAAGAAUAUGCACAAAAACAUAGUAAAAUCAAAAAAGAAAGACAUUUAAGUGAAAGAGAAAGUGAUUGGCUCAAGAGUUUAUAUGAAAAAUACGGAGAUGAUUUCGAAAAAAUGAAAUGGGAUAAAAAAUUAAAUAUCUAUCAACAUACUGCUGGUGAAUUAAAAAGAAAAAUCAACAAAUGGAAAAAAUCAAACGGUAUAUAA